AUGACUCGAGCCGCCAAAUCAGAAGAUAACGGUCCCAGUGACGCUGGACGUCCGAAGGGGCGCAUCCGUCGCUCCAUGACGGCUUGCCAUACCUGCCGGAAGCUGAAGACUCGUUGUGAUUUGGAUCCGCGCAGCCAUGCAUGCCGUCGCUGCCUUUCGUUAAGGAUUGAAUGUGAGCUUCCGGAAACGCCAGAUCGCUUCCAGGAUAACGGUUACUUCUGGCCCGACACCUCGGCCACGGCCAUUCCGUGUCUCGAGGAGCGUCUCUCCUCCCUGGAAAGAGGUAUGGGCGAAAUGACUCGCAUGAUGCGGCAGAUGAUCGAGCGGACCUCGAUGAGUGCUUCAUGCGGCACGAGCUCCCAGUUGUCCAAAAGCCUCUACGAUGAGCCUCUAGCGGGGGAGGGCGCGUCGACAUUAUCGAUGUGGCCUCCCCUCUCUCUGCCCAAGCCAGUUCGUCUGAUCCGAGACUUACAGUCCGAGUUCUUUGGGAAACCGGACGGUUCGUCCGCCGAUGCCCAGCUCAUGGGUGAUGCCGGCACGAGAGAGAUUGUAGACUCGAAGUUGUCGCAGAAACUGGUCCAACUAUUCGUGGACCAUUUCGGCUCCUGGGUCUCCAUAGAGAACCCGUCUGAUGUUCAAACCGACCCGUUGCUGUUUAGCACAGCCUGUCUCCUCGCCUCUCGGUAUGUACCCGACAUGCCACAACCUGUGGUCAAGAGUUUGUACCAUCGCGUGAGAAAUUCCAUAGCCAGUAUACUGUGGACUCCACCUCCUUUGAAGUACGAGACCCUCCAGGCCCUGACUCUUCUCUGUCUGUGGUCCUGGACGGCAUCGCAAGAAGCCCUUAUGGAUAGCUGGUUGUUGAGCGGGAUCUCGAUCAACCAUGCAAUACUGUCUUUUGAUUUCCUAAAUCGGCCGCCAGUCGACCAAAUCGUUGACGAUGACAUGUUCAAGAAAUUGCGUUUAUGGAAUGCCUUAUGUCUGAGCCAGCUGCACUUCGCGGUUGGAAAUGCUCGGCCAUUCAACCUGCAAGAGAGAUAUCUUGAUCAUUGUCCGCGGGUCCUCUCCAAUCCUAAUGCUACCUUUGAGGACGGCAAAGUCGUUGCGGAAAUUCAACUUUACUCAGCGACGUUGAAGCUCCAAAGCAAUAGCGCACGCAUGCGAUUUGCCGACUAUGAAUACGAAGAGAUCGAACAGUGGAAGAUGGAGUGGGCUCAUCUUCUCAGAGAACCCCCUUCAACGCUCGACAUCAGCCUCGGAUUCUGUCAACUCCUCCUCCACCGCACCGCGAUGCGCACGCAGUGGGAAUCAGAACGAUUCAUCCCCGAAAUCAUCCAGACCUCUCGCCUCAUCAUUUCGAAAUUCUUGCAGUUGGAUCCCUUCACUGCCCUGAACAGGAUCGACCACGUCUUCUCCAUGGUCUGCUACGCCGCCGUGACUCUAUGCGACUUCUACGUCGUGGAACCGCUCAUCGACCAGAUCCAGGUCUUUCUGUUCCACAUCGCGCCCAGCGACGACCACGUUGCCUACCGGUUCGCGUGCAUCAUCAGCGAAGUCAAACGCCGGUGUAGCAACUACGCCGACGCGACGGGCAGCGCCAGCACGGCCAGCACCAGCGCCACGGACCUCUCGCGUCUGAACGCGAUCAAGCAAUCCCCGUUCGCGGGAUCAUCGUCUCCGUUCGGUACGGGGACCCCCCAGUCACCGGGGGUCAGUCUGGACCAGGUCCCAUUCAUACCGCCGGUGAUGGACGUGGUCGAUGCAGACAGCUACGGGACGCUGAAUCAGUUAGUCCCGGAGUUUAUGCCUUCGCAUUCCACUUCGCAUCCUCAUCCGAUUGUCCAUGCACAUGCACAUGCUCAGGCUCAUCCACCCGUACAUACUUCGCACCCCUCGGCACUCCCCGGCGGAGUGUUUCAUAACGUGCCCCUAACCAACGGCAUUCCUGUUUCUGUUAGUAUAGUCUGA